AGCCAUUUGUGCUCAAGCUUCGGGCAAGCGUCUUCUCAUUCAGCUUCGGGCGAGAUGCCGAAGAAACUCCCGCCCGCGACGCUCAGCGAUACCAAGCCCUCUGCCGAUGAGGUCGACAAGGCGAAGAAACUCUUGGAUGGGCUGUCCAGGGCCGAGAGACGCUCUCGCGAGGGUAGCCUCGCCAACUUCCUCAAGAACAACCCAGACGCCAAGGUGAAGAACGCGGUUGGCCAGGACAAGGAGAAGUACCUCAUCUGGUUCAUGGCGCACCAGGCGAAGGCGAAGGAGGGCGAGAAGCAGACGGUGGCGACUCGCGAGGUGCUCACCGACAAGGGCAAGGGCGUUACCCACUACUGGUGGUCGGAGAAGAAGAUGAACGACGAGAUGGGUGAGAGAAAGGCGACUGCGUGGAGGGCUUCUGGCAAGGUCACCUGGAGGCCCGACCCGAUCACUGGACUUGGCGAGAAGGAGGAGGACUUCGAGCAUCGCGACUGGAAGAUCCCCGUGGAGUGGGAGACCAUGGACGAGCACGACAUCAACAAACUGAUGACGAGUGUCAGCAGGGAGAUGGCCGAUGGCGACGAUGAGCUCAUUGCGGAAGCUUCGACCAUGGGCGUGGCAAGCUCCUCGAGCACUCAGGUGCCAAUCAAGGUUGAGCCGAAGUCGGAGCUUGAGGUGCUACGCGGCAGGUGUGAGGAGAUUAAGUCUACGCCAGACAUCUUCCUGAGGACUUACCAGGACAAGAAGACGCAGCUGGACAAGAUCCAAAAGGUG